AUGCCGAUGCGCGAUCUUACCGCUAUAAUCUUUGAGCCAGACAUAAAGGAAUGGCGGUACGUUAACUUCUCGUCCCAUCGCGUCUCCAACGUCGAGCUGGCGAAACCAACGAAAAGUACGUCUUUCCGUAUAUCCUCGCAACGAAACUCGCGCUCAAGCUCUCUUCAGCCUGUUGGCGACCCUCAUGCCUUUCAUCUGUGGGGUGAUGUCGCCCAGGAAAACCCCGCUCCUCAUACGCGUCAUUCUCUACCCCCCUCCACACCGCCGCCUACCCAGCCUGCUUCUCGAUAUCUUCGCCUAUCAUGCCUCUACUCCUACCACUUCCUCGUCUACCAACAUCUCCUCUCGACCUUAUACUUCAUGUCUGUGCUUUCGACCCUCGACUCGUCGCUUGUUCAUGAUGCUUGGAGUGUGGGCGCUGCUCGGCGCAAGACUCUCCGAUUUAAGGGCACGGGCACCUCGCGAUAG